UUGCCACGCUCUCUGCUUACUGCUCUUUCUCUCUUUAUUACACAUCGGCAGCUGUCUCAUUACCUAUAUCCAGCUCUCUCUUCGAGACCAUGUUAAGGGGUUUCCUCCUGCUUCUCCUCCUCGCCUCUCCAUUUAUCGGUGCUAAAAGCGAGGAGGAAGAGGAUGAAAAUGUGACUGAACUUGUGAUUGAAAGCCUGGAAAAGCCGGACUCCUGUGCAGAGACUGCGGAUAUGGGGGACACCGUGCACCUACACUACACGGGAAGGUUAGACGAUGGCCGUGUUAUUGAUAGCUCCUUAUCUCGGGAUCCCCUAGUACUGGAACUUGGAAAGAAACAAGUAAUACCAGGUCUGGAAAAGAGUCUAAUAGGAGCAUGUGUUGGAGAAAAGCGUAAAGUGGUGAUCCCCCCUCAACUGGCAUAUGGGAAAAGGGGAUUCCCACCAUCCAUACCAGCUGAUGCGGUGCUACAGUUUGACACAGAAGUGCUUGCUCUUUUCAAGCCCACUCCUUGGCAGACACUGAUGAAUGAUGUGCUCCCCAAACUCUGCAUUGCCUUGGUACCAACUCUAUUAGGGCUUAUCGGAUAUCACCUCUACUCAAAAUCCAAGAGUCCUACAGUGUCCAAGAAAAAACUCAAGGAAGAGAAAAGGAACAAAGCCAAAAAGAAAUAAAAAACAUAUUUUUUUCUCAUAA